AAUUCUGCAACUGCUUCAGACAUGGAAUUGUCGAUCUCGAAAAUUACGUAGUAUCACCCGCACACUUAAUUCGAGGAUCAAACAGUAGUGUGGUUAUUUGGACGGGGCCUGCGGCGUAGUGUGGAUGUCGGGAUUCGUGAUUGGGCUGAAGAAGAAGAAAACGAAGAAGUAGAAACGAAGAAGAAAACUGUAGUGGUGGGAACUUUCAGGCGUUCACGACUGCAUUAGCCAUCAGUUACAACGUUUGUUUGGUAGUCAUCAAUAGCAAUUGCUCAAUUGGAGGCGGAAGUGUGUGGAUGUUUGUUAAACUUAUGACAUAAAAUCAGUAACAUGACUGCAUCCUGCGUGGAGUACACUAUUGGAGGUGUGCGGAUCCAGUUCCCCUGCAAGGCGUAUCCAUCCCAGCUGGCCAUGAUGAAUUCAAUCCUACGAGGGUUGAAUUAUGGGCAGCAUUGUUUGCUGGAAAGUCCUACUGGAAGUGGCAAGAGUUUAGCCUUGCUGUGUUCAGCGCUGGGAUGGCAGCAGGCACAGUUUGAUAAAUUGCAAGCCGAAGGAAGCUCUCAAGAUGAAAGCCAAUCUUUUAAAAACACGAGCGAUGUCACAAAGUCAAACAUGACCAUCCCAUGCCGAUGUCUGUGCCAUAGCAAAGGGAAAUCGGCCUCAACCGCCACUUCCAUCAACGCUGCUGUUGUUGACCUGAAAGAUCAGCUGCAUCCCAGCAAUGACACAACCAAAUCCUUUCCUGAAAAAAGUUCACCCUCUGAACUGGGUGAGACAAUCCAAUUUUCCCCCAUCGAUGACCAAGAUAAAACAGAUUUCCAGCCUGAGAGGAAACGUAUUCGCAUUGCUGAACCUAAGGGAGUUGUAUUUUCAGAAGAUAUGCCGAAGCUGGAAAAUCAUUCUUCAUGUCCUCAGAGUUCAUCUAUGGACCCCAAAAGCCAUGGACCUCGAGUGUUGUCCCCUUGCCUUUCCCCCGAAUCAUGCUUCCACUGCCCAUGUGCAUCAGCCAAGGAUAGUGCAAAGGAUAAAGGUGGCAAAAGGAAGGUCCCCAAAAUUUUUUUUGGCACACGCACACAUAAACAAAUAACUCAAGUUGUUCACGAGAUGAAGCGUACUGCAUACUCCACUGCUCCAAUGACCAUAUUAUCCAGCAGAGAUCAUACCUGUGUCAACCCAAAUGUGGCCCCUCACUCCAACCGGAAUGACCUCUGCAAGGACCUAAUGGAAGCCAAAGAUGGAAGAUCAUGUCCUUACUUCCAUGCAGUACAGAAAAUGGGCAACCAGAACACUCUGCAGUUGGUCCAUGGAGUUCACCAAGCCUGGGACAUUGAGGACCUGGUCUCUUUGGGCAAACGGCUUCGUUCAUGUUCAUACUAUGCUGCUCGUGAACUCAUGCAAGGCUCCAGGAUCAUCUUCUGUCCGUAUAACUACCUGUUAGAUCCAGUGAUCAGAGAUUGUAUGGAGAUUGAUCUUGCAGGCCACAUCUUGGUUCUGGAUGAAGCCCAUAAUAUUGAGGACUGUGCUCGAGAAAGUGCCAGCUUCAUGUUAGACCACAAUAAUUUGCUGAUGUGCAGGGAUGACUUUGACGGCAUGGUCAACAGCAACAUCCGGCGGUUGAAACAUGAGCCUCUAAGAGAUUUUUGCUGUAGUAUACUCAACUGGAUCCAGGAGAGCCAAAGCCUCAUGUCUGAUAGGGGAUAUGAAGAUGCAUGUAAAGUUUGGAAUGGAAAGGAAAUACUGAGCAUUUUUCACAACCUGGGUAUCACUCCUGAUACCUUCCGGAUGCUGAAGCAGAAUCUGGCUGCAGUGCUGGAAAAGGAAGAGACUGUGGGAUUCGUAAAUGGGAAAGAUGACAUGAUGCUGGUCCCAACCAUAAGCUCAUCAACAUCCAGCAUCCUCAAAGGACUCUUCAUGGUUCUUGACUUCCUCUUCAGAGACAACUGCAGAUAUUCUGAAGACUACAGAGUUGUACUUCAAAAGACAUAUUCUUGGACAACCAAAGCCAAGCCUUACAUGAGUGAUGCGCAGGGGUCUAUGGUCCAACGAGGCAGACAACAUCAAAAAGUCAAAGUGAAGACUGAAUCUCUCUCACUGAGUUUCUGGUGCCUCAAUCCUGCUGUGGCAUUUUCUGAUUUAAGUGGGACAGCGCACAGCAUUGUUCUGACAUCAGGGACGCUAUCACCAAUGGGAUCCUUCUCCUCGGAACUUGGAGUGAAAUUCUCUGGUCAACUGGAGGCCAGCCAUGUCAUCAACAAAUCUCAGGUUUGGGUUGGCACUGUUGGUGUUGGACCUCAAGGCAGAAAGCUCUGUGCCACCUUUCAACAUGCUGAAACGUAUGCCUUCCAGGAUGAAGUUGGUGACCUGCUACUGCAUGUUUGCAAAGUUAUGCCCAAGGGUGUGCUUUGCUUCCUGCCAUCCUACAAGAUGCUGGGUAAAAUGCAGGAUCGAUGGAGCAUCACAGGCGUUUGGGAGAAACUUGAAAAACAAAAAAAAGUGAUAACAGAGCCUCGUGGUGGUGGAAAAGGUGACUUUGAUGAACUUCUUCAGGCUUACUACAAUGCGAUUAAGUCCUCUGAGAAAAUCGAUGGUGCACUCCUGCUGGCUGUAUGUCGGGGAAAAGUGAGUGAAGGACUGGACUUCACAGAUGACAAUGCAAGAGCAGUGGUCACGAUUGGAAUCCCAUUCCCAAAUAUUAAAAACCUCCAGGUCGAACUCAAGAUGAAGUACAAUGAUCAGCACUCAAAGAGUAGAGGUCUUCUCCCUGGCCAUCACUGGUAUGAGAUGCAGGCUUACCGAGCUCUAAACCAGGCCCUGGGAAGGUGUAUUCGUCACAGAAAAGACUGGGGUGCCCUAAUCUUAGUGGAUGACCGUUUCAGGAAUAAUCCAAACAAGUAUAUCAAAGGUCUGUCCAAGUGGGUACGCCAACUAGUCCAGCAUCAUGACACCUUCACCAGUGCCAUGGAGUCCCUUGCUGCAUUCUCUCAGGCACAAGAGAAGUGUUGCCUUUUCACAGACAGCCAGAACUCAAUCAUCUCUUUCUCAAGCAGCGCAUCUGGAACCAAGGCAUUACCAGGUUCACCCAAACCAGUGGAAACACAAAUGAAUACUGAACGACAUGAAUUACAAGAAUGGCAGAGGAUGACACACAUUCCACCUUCAGCGCCACUUUUACACACUCCAGCUGACAGUCCGAACCUCAUUUUAAGCUCUGAGAAACAACAAAUUCUUUCUCUCCAAAAGAAGACGGAGAAUUCUGUACUUGAAUCAUCAGCUGCAGUUAGAUUGACAUCACGAGCACCCCAGUCAAACACGGAUCGUGAAUUGACUCCAACAGACAAUCAAGAUGAAAACAAAGAUGGCAAGACUGCCCUUUUAACCCUUGGAAUUUUUAAAGUGGAAGCAGAGGAAGCCAAUGCCUGUGUUGAGAUCGAUUCACCAUCCCGGAUAAGUUUUGAAGCAGAGCAUCAAGACCUACACUCACAGGAUCUUUUUGGAUCUGAGGUCGCCCAAGAUUCUCCCUUUGAUGAAGAGAGCAUGAUUUCAGUUGACACAGAAAACAUAGAGGACAGAGGGGAGACAAAAGUUGCAGGAGAACAUGUGAGAAACAAGAUCAGGCUGUCAAGAUCCAGACAGAGAGCUCACCUUUCUCCAAUGAAGAAAUAAUAGCCUCAGAUCAACAAAUAAGUACUGAUGCAAAUGCAUCUUAAAUUGUAUUUUUUUCUUUUUGCGUAUUAUUCAUUAUAAAAUGUUUUAAUACACAAUAAAGUAAACAUUUAACAUUCAUCAGUACCUUUCUUAUAAGCUUCCAGCACAUGCACGACAGUCAUCCCCAGCCUACAGUGUAAAAAAAUAUUUUGAAGAGUGGUAAAAACAACCCAUGAAAAUCAAAUAGGUUUAACCUGAUUAUUUUAGGUAGAAAAUGAAUUGUAAAAAAGGGUAACAAAUACCAGGAACAAGCGUUACCCAGAACAUUUUAGCAAAAUACUCCGACACUUAAAAAAACGAGGUUCGUAUACUCGGAGCUUCUUUUGAUGGCUGCUGCUUCCUUUUGCGAUGAUCAGCCACUCAAUCUUCCCUUUCCUUCUUUGUGGAAGAUUUUCUUCCCCAAAAGCAAUAAUCAAGGUUAAUUGUUUUGAUUUGUACAUCGCUACUGUCUCCUAAUUCCACAACUUUUCCCCUGCAUCCUUUCACCUAUACUUCUUCUGCAGCAUGAUCCUGGCUGAUCGCUUACACCUGCUGCCACCUGCUGGACAUAUUUUAAAUGAUUUACAAUGCUGACAAGCCUUAUCCUGAGUCAAAAGUAGCGUCAGACCCUUCAGCACACAAUGAUGCAAAGAAGAAAUAAAUCGCAAAAUACAUAUAAAUACGUCGUGGGUAGGCAACCGUAGUGGUUUUUCAGACACAUCUAUAUGUCACAGGGAAUGAAAGAGUUAAUUCAUGACUGUUGUCACGAUUCAACACUCAAACUUUUUUUUUUAAUCUAGCCUUUCUUACUCAGAAAAAAAAAAAAUUGUGUUCAACUUUUAGUUCGAAGAUACGACAAGGUUGCGCAAAAGCCCUGUGGUAAGUCAAAAAUUGUCUCCAGGAAGCAUAUUGAAGUGAUACUUCUCGACUGAGAGACGAUCUUUGUCCGUGAGGGAACUUAAGGUGCAUUUUUUUCAAAAUCUUGUACAUGCUACUUAUUGUCAGAUUUAUUUGCACAAUGAGUUUGCAAAGACAUGAAACUGUUCUGGGAUCAUAGUUUGUGGUGUACACCUGUGAGCAUUCUCAUUCAUUCACGUCAUUUUAUUCUCAAGGCAUUGAAUGGAAUGCAACUUGAUUGUUCUGGUUGUCUUUGAAUAUGAUCUGCCUUUCAUGCAAGCAGGUGUGAAAAAUUCUGGUGGUCAGACAGCUGGUCAGGAUAGCACCAACCUGAGUUGGUGUGGAAAACUCAACUAUUUAUGCUUCAAGUUCGAUGCACUACUCACAACAAAUGUUAUCAUUCUUUUGGAAUGCAAAACUACAACCUUUGCAGAGGUGUCUCUUGUUACAAUAUGUACCCUGUGUAAUUAAAAAAACAAUUGAAUAAUAAAGCAUUUCACCAUGCGACAUGA